AAUGGCACCCAUAGUGCAGGCCCUCACCUCUCUGAGACUCCCCCUCACUUAUCUCAGUAAUGAUAGUCAAUUAGUAAUCUGUGACACCUCAGAAGUGAAGAUUGGAUGAUGGUUGCUGUGGUUAUGUGGUUGCUGGUAAUGGUGAUCACAGGGCCCCCAGAGAAGCAUUCCAUUCUUCCCUGGUCCAAUAGCCAGAAGUGAGGUCAAAGAUCCCCUAAGAGCCUAACUGGAAGUCCCAGAACUAGACUCUCUGUGCUGGAGUUCUGUUGUUUUGGCCUACAGACCUCCAGCGCAGAGUGUCUACACUACACUACAGCAUAUGCUUUAUCCUGGGCUACUAUACCUGGCUGUGCAGGAGCUGAGGAUGAAACAUCCUUCUAAGCAUGCAGCCACAUAUAGCCUCAUGUCAUUAAAAAUGGCUAUGCAUGUCAGUGCUGACACACAAUAGGAGAGAGAACCUUCCCUGCAGCCUCUCUCAAGCAGCCUCAGCAUCUCCUCUCACAUCCCUCCCUGAAGCUGGUCCCUUCCUUCCUCCCUGCUCUGCCUUUUCCUGGGGGCUGCUCAGAGGAAGCUCCUCAGGGUUCACUAAGGGAAAGGCCUGGAAGGGCUCCUGGGAAGGGGCUGGCCUGACCCCUCUGAAGCUCUUCCUAUAGUCUGCACUGGCUGGCAGGGCCAGGAGAGGAUCCUUAGCAAGAUCUUCCUGAGUAUCCCAUGAGAAACGACACAUGAAAUGUUUGUACCUGAAUCCAAAGAGCCCCCAAAUAGCAGCUGCCAUUAUUAUACCCUCAAAACCCUGCCUCAGGGGUUCAGGGAGACCUGCAGAAAUGGGAUGUAAAUCUGUUCCUAUCCAAGAGGGGUGACGUUAUUCCUGUUGUUUGCCUGGAAGAGAGGACAAUUCAGAGCAUCUUCCCUAAGGGAAGCUGGUCCUCAGUGGCUUCUGAGAAAUAGGGGACAAGGAGUGAAGAAUUUUCUCAGCUAGUUUAGGGAAGGUGGAUUACAGUGAUCUGUGCUUCAACAUUACAAUAAUACCAAUUUCCAGAACUGGCAUGGAUCCUUUCAGAGAGUAAAGAAUUCUCAAUGCUGCGUCACCCAUUGCCUAGAGAUUCCCGAUUUCUGUGCAUUUCAGGAUAAACAUUCAGUAUAUUUCAGCUAGUUUGUCUGGUCAGUCCACCUGAAACACUGAUUCUUCAACCUUGCUUAGAACCCAGCUGCUCCUGCCCAAUGUCCUUGGGUGUUCUGCCCUUCUUAGAGCUGCCAGGAGCUGAGGUUGGCAAGAACAGCCAGCAGAGUCAUUGUGCCCUUGGGUUUUAAUCACUGUGCUGGACCCAAAGACAGCAGGUAAUCAGAAGCUUGUGGAGCCUGUUUGGAGCUUGACAUCCAUUUAAAUGGGUUGUUCUUGUUAUUGGUCCCUCAUUUUUUAAAAGAACCAAUGACAUCAAGGGGUGAUGUCUUAACUUGCUUGUGAAUUGGAUUCAAGUGAGACAGAGUUAUCUGAAGUCAUCAGCCUCACUCUCUUGGCAUCCUCUAUGUCUGACCAAGUUCUAAGCCCUCCAAAGAGCCUGCUUAAGCCAGCUUCACAUUCCUUGGAACAAAUGGUUCUCAUCCACCCAUUCCACCAGGGGAGUCUUCCCAUGCCUGGGAAAGAAGCUCCCUAAAUCACUGUAAGGUUUUUCCUUACACUGUCCAUUACUGUCAAACUAAUUGAGCCCAUCAGCCAAGGCAGGUUGACCAGGGGCUGCUGUUGGCCCUCCUACAGCUUCUUGGAGCCACAGGUCAGAGUUACCUGACAGGUAGACACCCAAGUAGGAAUGUAACCCUGAAAGAGGCUCGGCAAGCCCUCAUAUAAAGAGGUGCUCGUCCUCCCUGAACACCCCAUUUCAAUUGAAACUAAAAGAAUCACAGAGAGUCCCAGAGUCCCCAUUACACAGCUAGGUUGCAUUCAGGGCCAUCAUCAGGGAUCAAAGCAGACCAGAUCAUGCCUUCAGGACAGACUCUGAAUGAAGACCCCUCCCCUUGAGUAAAGUCCAAGGAGAGACUUGAAUUCAGGACUUAUUGACUACAGGUCCAACAGCCAUUUUGAUGACCCAGACUACAGCCUGCCCAUCUGUCAUCCCUGGGGAAACAGCCACCAAGAGCUGCAGAACCAAUCAGGACAUUAGGAAGUGUUGAGCCUGGUACCAGGAGCCACCGGGGCAACCUCCCAAGCCCCAGAUCGAGGACGCUUCCAGGCUGCGGUCUGGGGUCCCCCCGCUCCGGUGGCCCUGGGUCUGGGACAGACAACACUGUCACCAUCAGCAAGAUGGAGCCAGAAGUCCUUGGACAUGACGACUGUCAGCAAGAGGAUCGGUUCCCUCCCGCAGUGCUGCUGCUGCAGCCUUGAAUAAAAGCCUCCCCCGAGGCUGGAGCCCUUCAGCUCAGAGAAGCAACGGCUUUCUUCUUUGUGAUCCCAAGGUCAGAGCAGUCCCCGAACCCGGGGGAGCGCUGGGGGUCCUCCAGCCUUCCUCUGCAGGUCAGGCAUCCCAGCCUGCCCCGUGGUAGGGAGGCGGGGAGAGCCAAAAGAGGACGCGGAUCCCUCCGCUCUCGCCCCUGGCUGACAGGCUCACAGCCCACCUUUCCGGUCCUCCACUCAAGCUGGUCCCCUCCUCACUCCUGGCUCUCACCUUCCUCAGCUCUUUCCUGUGCUGGCUGCUCAGAUGGAGUCCAGCAGGGACCUCCUCAUGAGGGGAAGGAUCUGAAGGACUCCUUGGAAGGAAAUGAUCUGACAACUCCCAGCCCUCUUCCACAGGCUUGCACUGACAGGAAGGGCGGGGCCACGGGCCACAGGGUCGGGGCAGGGUCGGGGCGGGCCCAUAGUGAGUGGAAGAAUGAGGAGGGGCGAGGAAGAGGCGGGGCUCAUCUGGAGGCUCUGAAGGGAGGAGCUGAAGGAAGGGAGACCGGGAAGGUCAGACCCAAUGGGCAGGGCGGGGCCUCUGGGAAGCAGGAAGUGACGAUCGCCCUGAGCCCCACCUCCUCCUCCACUUCCAAAGAUCUUCCUACAGUCUUUUAAGUUUCUGCCAUCCGCACCUCAAGUCUCGGGGUUGGCUGUGGCCUCCAACUUCCUCUUCGGGAUCUUUUUUCCUGCUAAAAUGUCCUUUUUGGAGGGGGUGUCCAGGGGACCAGUACUGGGUGCAGUUUUACCGCGCCUUGUAAGGACCCAGUAGUCCUGCCUCCCAGCCUCUGGGCCCCAGACUCCCAAGCUUCCCCCCCCCCCCACCUUGGGCAGCGUCUUUGGGCAGCGUCUGCUUCAGUCACCCCAAUCACGAACUAUUCUGGUGUAGGGGUUAAAAUUAGGAACUUGACAAAGAUAGGAGAGCAGUUUAACAAAGUUUUGUUUUAAUGGAGAAAAAAUAGGAAAGAAGGAAAGACAGGAGAGAGAUUCAAGGAUCUAUCUUAGAGCUGCCUAAAACCUACCCCAAACUUCUUAUAUCAACCUAUAAACUACCUAAAAACAGUCCUUUGAGAGAGUCUCACUAAUAGCUCUUCAGCCUCACUAGGCAGGCUGGACCUACAACUCUUGGUCUCUCUAUUCUCACUCACUCACUAAACAUGGGACAGCUGCCCACCCUCGCACUCUCCUUCCCUGGGAUUCUCCAGCAGCCAAACUGUCCCCAGCCAGAGCCAGCAGCAGCACCUUCUCUCAGGAAAGGUUAAAGGUAGAGCCCUGCCCCUCCCCACUCCAAAAGGUUAAAGGUAGAGCCCUGCCCCUCCCCACUCUGUGAAGUUUAAAUUUCACUCUCCCCCUGAUUAUAAUAAUGAAAUUAAUUAACUCUCCCCUGAGUAUAAAGAUUAAAUUGUAACCCCUGCCCAUUUUCAUUUAUUUAUUUUAAUAACCUUUACUUUACAUCUUGGAAUCAAUACUGUGUAUUGGCUCCAAGGCAGAAGAGUGGUUAAGGGCUAGGCAAUGGGGGUCAAGUGACUUGCCCAGGGUCACACAGCUAGGAAGUGGCUGAGGCCAGAUUUGAACCUAGGACUUCCCAUCUCUGGGCCUGGUUCUCCAUCCACUGAGCCACCCAACUGCCCCCACCCCUGCCCUUUUUUAGAUUCAAUCACCAAAAGUAUAAACACCCAGCUUAAUAGUUGAGUAGGGAGAUCUGCCUAUUUUUAGAUUUAAUCACCAAAGGUGUAAACACCCCAUUUCACACAUUAAGUGGGAGGCCUGUCACCCACAUGUGAAAUAGUAGGUGACGAAUCAAAAUCAACUGACUGCCCCUGGACAGACCUAAAAGCCAUAGUGUCAACUGUGAUUGGUACAUGUAAAAAUUAGGGGAAGUGCCACAAAAGAAAGUGCCUUUAAAGGGAGUGACAACUGACUGAGUGGAGUUCAACUUGGAACUUUCACUUGGAGUGGAACCUCCUGUGAGAGAGAGAGUUCUACUGGGAGUUCUACUAAGAGUUAUACUUGGAGUGGAGGCUGAUAAAGAAUCUGCCAACUGGACUGAUAUGUGGGAGCCUGGAGUGCCAGGGAUGGCCUUGGAGAGGGACAGACUGCCAGGCCAGGAGGAGGUGACAUUCAAGGAUGUGGCUGUGGACUUCACCCGGGAGGAGUGGUGCCUCUUGUCCCCUCCCCAGAAGGAGCUGUUCAAAGAGGUGAUGCUGGAGAAUAUCAGGAACCUGCUCUCUGUGGGUGUUCCAGCUCCCCCACAAGACGUGCUCUCUUUUUUGGAGCAGAGGGAAGCCCCAUGGAUGCUGGAUCAAGAAGUCCUGAGGAGCUACUACCCAGGAGAGAUAAGACCUGAAAUGAAAGUGAAUAUAACACUUCCUAUGGAAGAAAUGGACUUACAAAGGUUUAUGAGUGAUGGUCCCGAUAACUUUGUUUUUAGAGAAUUCUCUGUUGUACAUCAAAAUUCAUCUCAUAUAAAACAUCAAAGAAUACACACUUGGGAAAAAUCUCAUGAAAGCAGUCAGUGUAAUAAGACUUUUAUGCAUAGGGCCAGUCUUCCUGGAUAUCAGAGCAUCCACACUGGUGAGAAUCCUUUUGAAUGCAAGCAAUGUGGAAAGACAUACAGUCAGAGAUCCCAUCUUAAUGUACAUCAGAGAGUCCACAUUGGAGAGAAACCUUAUGAAUGCAAUGAGUGUGGAAAGACAUUCAGACGGAAGUUUGAUCAUGCUGUACAUCAGCGAGUCCACACUGUGGAGAAAAGUUAUGAAUGUAAGCAGUGUGGAAAGACUUUCAGAUGGGGCUUCGAACUUGCUGUACAUCAUAGAGUCCACACUGGGGAGAAACCUUAUGAAUGCAAUCAGUGUGGAAAGAGUUUCAGACAGAGCUUCAAACUUACUGUACAUCAGAGAGUCCAUACUGGGGAGAAACCUUAUGAAUGCAAACAGUGUGGAAAAACAUUCACAAAUAACUCCAGUCUUGCUGUACAUCAGAGAGUCCACACUGGGGAGAAACCUUAUGAAUGCAAGCAGUGUGGAAAGAAAUUCACAAAUAACUCCAGUCUUACUGUACAUCGGAGAGUCCACACUGGGGACAAACCUUAUGAAUGCAAGCAGUGUGGAAAGACAUUCAUAAAUAACUCUGGUCUUACUGUACAUCAGAGAGUCCACACUGGAGAGAAACCUUAUGAAUGUAAUCAGUGUGGAAAGACAUUCACAAAUAACUCUAAUCUUGCUGUUCAUCAAAGAGUUCACACUGGGGAGAAACCUUAUGAAUGUAAGCAUUGUGGAAAGACUUUCAGACGGAGCUUCAAACUUAUUGUACAUAAUAGAGUCCAUACUGGGGAGAAACCUUAUGAAUGCAAGCAGUGUGGAAAAGCAUUCACGAAUAACUCUAAUCUUGUUGUACAUCAGAGAGUCCACACUGGGGAAAAACCUUAUGAAUGCAAGCAGUGUGGAAAGACAUUCACAAAUAACUCCAGUCUUACUAUACAUCAGAGAGUCCACUCUGGGGAGAAACCUUAUGAAUGCAAUCAGUGUGGAAAGACAUUCACAAAUAACUCUAGUCUUGCCGUACAUCAAAGAGUCCACACUGAGGAGAAACCUUAUGAAUGCAAGCAGUGUGGAAAGACUUUCAGACAGAGUUUUAAACUUACUGUACAUCAGAGAGUCCAUACUGGGGAGAAACCUUAUGAAUGCAAGCAGUGUGGAAAGACAUUCACAAAUAACUCCAGUCUUACUGUACAUCAGAGAGUUCACACUGGGGAGAAACCUUAUGAAUGUAAACAGUGUGGAAAGAUAUUUACAAAUAACUCUAGUCUUACUCUUCACCAGAGAGUCCACACUGGGGAGAAACCUUAUGAAUGCAAUCAGUGUGGAAAGACAUUCACAUAUAACUCCAGUCUUGUUGUACAUCAGAGAGUCCACACUGGGGAGAAACCUUAUGAAUGCAAUCAGUGUGGAAAGACAUUUACAAAUAAGUCCAGUCUUGUUGUACAUCAGAGAGUCCACAUUGAGGAGAAACCUUAUGAAUGCAAUCAGUGUGGAAAGACUUUCAGACAGAGCUUCAAACUUACUGUACAUCAGAGGGUCCACACUGGGGAACAGCCUUAUGAAUGCAAGCAAUGUGGAAAGGCAUUCAGUCAGAGAUCCCAUCUUUCUCAUCAUCAGAGAAUUCACACUGGGGGAAAACCUUAAGAAUACAAGUGUUAUAAGGAAAUGAGAAGAAGGGGAUGCUGCAAAAGAAGCAGGAAAGUUUCCAAAUUCUGGAGAUGUGACAGGACUGUUUUUCUUCUAUAAGUUAAACUAGAGGUUGAGUUUGUCUAGUUUCCCAAGGUGAACCUGGUGAACUAGGUGUUCUUUCUCCCAUGGCUUUCCUUGUGAUCCAUCUUACCAUCUACCUAUUUCUGUGUAUCUUGUUGAUGCUGACUGAGAGGUAUUCCUACAUAGCUGCUUGAUACACCUAAAGCCAUUUGUCAAUGAGACCUUCCCUUUGAGCCCUCUUCCUGCUUACCUUCCAGCCUUACUACCUCUAUCACCAUCUAAGAGGGGAUUUCGAUUAGUGAAGUGUAUUUUAUCAUAGGAACUUGAACUCUUAGGUAGAGGUAACUGACAGUGCAGAUACCAUCUCUCUGAAGCUACCAACUAGAUUUGGUGGGAGUUUUAUUUAUAUUCUUUAGAUAGAUAAUCCCGAUUCCCGUCCUUUCCUUCCCUUAUCUUAAAUAAACCCUGUUCAAAACCA